AUCAAGUUUUAAGUGACUUCAAAAUUGAACUUUUAAUUUAAGUACAUUCUUUAGUGAGAGCCCAAAAAAAGAAAAAAAUGGUGAAGAUUGCCUUUGGUAGCAUUGGUGACUCUUUAAGUGUUGGGUCAUUGAAGGCUUACUUAGCUGAGUUUAUUGCCACUCUACUCUUUGUAUUUGCUGGUGUUGGAUCUGCUAUAGCUUUUAAUAAGUUGACUUCAGGUGCAGCUCUUGAUCCAGCUGGUCUAGUAGCAAUAGCUGUGGCUCAUGCAUUUGCAUUGUUUGUUGGGGUUUCCAUGGCAGCUAACAUCUCAGGUGGACAUUUGAAUCCAGCUGUCACUCUGGGAUUGGCUGUUGGUGGAAACAUCACCAUCUUGACUGGCUUAUUCUACUGGGUUGCUCAAUUACUUGGCUCCACUGUUGCUUGCCUCCUCCUUAAAUAUGUCACUAAUGGUUUGGCUGUUCCAACUCAUGGAGUUGCUGCUGGGAUGAGUGGAGCUGAGGGAGUAGUUAUGGAGAUAGUCAUCACCUUUGCACUUGUCUACACUGUUUAUGCCACAGCAGCAGAUCCCAAAAAGGGCUCACUUGGAACCAUUGCACCCAUUGCAAUUGGUUUUAUUGUUGGUGCCAACAUUUUGGCAGCUGGCCCAUUCAGUGGUGGAUCUAUGAACCCAGCACGAUCAUUUGGGCCAGCUGUCGUUGCUGGAGACUUUUCUCAGAACUGGAUUUACUGGGUCGGACCACUCAUUGGUGGAGGAUUGGCUGGGUUUAUUUAUGGAGAUGUCUUUAUUGGAUGCCACACACCACUUCCAACCUCAGAAGACUAUGCUUAGAACAAAGAAGAAAGAACAAGUCUUCAACAGUGUUUUCUUUCGUGUGUUUUCAAAAAUGCAAUGUUGAUUUUAAUUUAAGCUUUGUAUAUUCUGUUACGCAAGAAGUUUGUUUCCAAUGAAAUAUCAUGUUUGGUUCAUUUUGACAA